AUGAGUCCUUUCCUUCGCGUUAUUCAUGAAGAGAAUGAGAAAGAAUCAGAUAUAAUAUUAAAAAUUAGCCUUUUUCUAUAUCUUUAUACUGGAUGGUAUUUAAUUGUUACAGAAAUUGUGCAAUUAAAAAGAGAAGGAUUGAAUACUCAUAAUAUGCUUGACCUAGAAUCAUUGUUAUUGCCGUUAGCAAAUAUAGCAAGUAUUUUAUAUAAUCAUCAAUUAUCCAUUUUACAGGAUUCAGUAUAUGAUUUUGUUUUAGCGUUUACAGCUUUAGUUAUGUGGCUUCAAUUGGUAGGUCCAGGACGUUUUAUUCAUAUCAUUCAAACUAUUUUAAAUAUUACUUGGCCAUUCUUGGCAGCCCUGUUUAUUGUCGUAGUUGCAUUUGGUCACGCUAUGUUCAUUCUUCUUAAUUAUGCGGAUUACUUCCAAAUUCCUACUUAUAAAAUUAAAGAUGCUUCGAAUUCAGACUUAUACUCAAAUAUAACAAUUUAUAAGAAUAUUAAUAAAUUUUCUCGACUUGAUAAUUAUUAUUCACAUUUCGUCUCAUCAGUAGAAGCUGUAUUCUUUUGGACCAAUGGACGAUGGGAUCAAUUAGACCAAUGGAAUAGUUAUGCUGUAGAUGUAAUGAGUGUACUAGGAAGUAUAAUAUUGGUUGAUGCAUUUGAACCAGCAAACAAAAACAGUCGGACAGCAGUUUAUAGAUAUCGUACUGAACUUAUCGCUGAAUAUAAAGCUUUAGAAAAACCUUUUGGGGGUGAAGGUGGCAAUCCUCAAGACAUUUGUUAUAUCCCUAAUCCUGAUAUGAUUGAUACCUGGCUUACGGAAACUAAAAAAAACAAAAACGUCUUAUGGGUGAGAGCUAUCAGAUUUUGA